ACCCAUAUUUCUUUUUUCUCUCUUUCAUAUAAUUGCUGAAUAAACAUUGACGUGGUAACGAGAGGCGCAAAAUCCGAAGGUAGAAAGUCUGGCAUUACAAUCCCAAAACUUUCAACCUUCGUUGAUCCAUUGUUGUGUAGCUGUACAGUGGCGGAAGUUUCCGAGUGCAUACCGCACAAAUUACGAUCGCGCAUAUUCCUUCGUCAAGUACUCUCUUCCCAGAGGAAAAAAGCGGAGUAAUUAAUGGAACGUUUCGGACAUUGCGACACGCGGCAAUAUGAAAACCGUACAAUUUACGAAGGUAGCAGAGAAUGUACUUCGAUUUUAAUUGCAGUCACGCCUUGCGUUUAGACGAGUUUCAUUUACAAAUGAAUAUCAGGAACGGCUGUACGAACAUAUCAGAAAUGCAUUGACAGAAAAAUCAAUCGGACAUCAAAUUCGUGUAACGUCAUAGAAAAUAGGAAAUAAGGCAAAAUAAGGAGCCGAUCGAUCUUUGUUCGGAAAAAGAGUACAUCUGAGCUUAUCGAACGAGGAAUCAUGAAAAUAAUCGGUACACGGUGAAAUAAAUUUUUUAUUAUAUGGUAAAAAACGAAGGUCGGGAAGGUUGAAAGGUAGUCGAAGGGGAGGUAAAAAUACGUCGUAGCCGAUGGUGUGACGAUGAUCCGAUGGAGAGAUUACUGACGCAUGGCGAUCUGUUUUCUAGAUUUCCAUCGAGCGUGGAAAGGAGUGUGGGGCAGCGGAACAGGAGGCAGAGAAAGUGCAUGGCGGGCAGGCAGAAGGUGAGGGAGGUGAGGAAGGAAGGAUAUUGAUCGGCGGUAGGAGUGCGCGCAUGGGAGAUCCUCUUUGUCCCACCCUGCGGCCUGCAUCCACCUAGGUGGCUGACGAUGGAACGUGCAUCGUGUCAGUCGGUACUUUAACAUCCACACCGAGCUACCACGAAGAGGGGUCGGAUCGCAAAGUCGGUUGGUGCUCUGCGCCAAGGGUGUGUCGUGUCGCGGAGGACUGAAGGUCCGAUGAGAGGACGCCGUACAACGCCGGCCCGAACGUUCGAGGACCGGUCGGCGUAACGACAGGAAGCGUAGAAGGGACACGCGACGAAUCCAUUCAUUACUGGGUGACUCGACGAUAGCCAAGCCUCGACUACGUAUAUGUGCGCUCGUACGUGGAUGCACGAAUAGGCGCGUUUCUGCCUGUUAUCGUUCACGGGAGCGUACAUGUGGCUUUAUUGGCAUUGAUUCGGGGCAGUAGACACGCACGACACACGUCAGAGCCACGACAUUAUUAUUUUUCUCUUCCUCUCUUUCUCUCUAUCUUCUUUUAUUUCCCCCCUUUUCCCUUGAUUGACAACGACGACGACGACGACGACGACGACGACGACGACAUCACCGCCGGGAACCAUGGCGAAUUGGGAUUGGGAAGACACCGACUGGGACUGGGAAGACACGGAAGAUUGUUCCUGCGAAGAGGAGCAGAAGCAGAUUAUCUCGGAACCGGAGAUUGACAAGGAGUGGCUAGGAGGUAUCCUAAGGGAGUUUCACAAAGAACCGGUCACUAUAACCGAGUGUAACGUAAGCCCAGGCUGUAUGAGUAACGAAAGUGCGCUCAGCGCAAUUAUUCGUGUUAAAGUCAAGUACACGUUGAACGACUCGAGCUCGACGCAAGAUCUAUCCCUAAUCGUGAAAGAACUACCGAAGGAUGCGUUCAGUCGUUUCUUCGUUAUCGAAGGACAAUUCGAUCUGCGAGAGAUUAAAUUUUACACACGGGUGAUGCCCGAUUUGAAGGAGUUUCAAAAGAAACAAUUAGCAGAUAAAGGGGAUACGAACGAGGAGAUCGUUCUAUCGGUUCCGGUGUGUUAUCACGCGCAUUAUACACCAGCGGAGGAGACGGAUGACAGUCCCACCACGCCCGAUUCAAUUUUGGUAUUGCACGAUCUCCGUGAUUCCGCUUUCCGGAACAUCAAAUUUCGAGAAGGGCUGACGUACGAUCAGACUAAGGUCGCGUUAGAUGCCAUAGCGCGUAUACACGCGCAUUCUUUAGCGAUGAAGGUGAUAGAGGAACAACAUCUCUCGGAGCGUUACCCAUUCCUCUUCCAAACAGCGAAGGCAACGGAUUCGUACCAACAACUGGUAGAACGUGGUCUCCCCCAGCUAGCCAAGUUCUUGAAAAGUACACCGGGUCUGGAAGCGAUACUCGAGGCAUUACUCGUCCUACGACCUAAAACUAAACACAUAAUAUCCGCGCUGCUAGCACCGGAAGGACCGUUGGCACUCAUCACGCACACAGACUUCUGGUGUAACAAUUUACUAUUCAAGGAAGGAGACAAUGGUCUCGAGUGCUGUAUACUAGACUGGCAAAUGGUCACCUACAGUAGACCAACCAAUGACAUAGCGCUAUUAUUAGUCAGUUCUUUGCCAACGGAAUUACGUCGAAAACACACGGAUACCUUCCUCGACAUCUACUGGGACGCGUUAACCAGCACGUGUUCCCGUCUCGGUGUCGACAUCCCCAAGGAUUUGGGGUACACGAGAGAAGAGUUGAACAAGGAUUACAGGCGUUCGCAACUCCUCGCGCUUUUACUUUGCAUCGGAUCGGUUGACGUUGCUUUGGGCGAUCCCGAGACCGAGCAACGUUUAAUCGACGUACUGAAAGAUCUUCACAAUGAAGGUGUACUUACAGACGAGACUGUGAUUGCCACCAGCGAAAAUAACCCUUAGUCGACGUUAUUACCGCCCAUGAUAGUGCUACAGCGAAUUAAUAUUUCUACGCGAGAUGCAAAUCGAAGAGACUAAGUUGUGGGACUGAUUGAUCGCUCUGUCAGCCAUAAGCUUGCGAUCAACGUAUGAUCUCAUCUCGAGGAAAAGGCUUGUGUCGAUGAUAAUGUAAUUGCGGGUAGUUAAAGAAAUCCAAGUCACAUUGAAAUUAUCCUUAACAUGAAAGAAAUAGAGUUGAUGGAUUAGAUCAUUUUGUUUGAGAACAUUUCAACGUUAAACCGUGUUUGCCACGUACACUUAUACAGACACACACCCACGGAAACACGCGUACACGAAUAUUUUAAACUUUAAGGAAAACGGAAUAUUAAUAAACAUUGUACGAAAUUUUAAAAUUAAACAUGACUCAAAACGCAAAAGAACUAUUAAUAGCACGUUCAGCCAAAUAAAUUAGAUCUUAAAUAAUAUUGUUCUUCUGAACCGAUUAAAUGUAACACUUAGUUGGUUGAAAUUUCUUUCUCUGACUACAUUUCUUCCCGCAAUUAUUGUAACGGCUAUAAGAUCGACAUUCCGUUAUCGCUGAUUUACGUAUGCAAUAAUUAUAUUAUUCUCUUUCUUUGUACAAACUAUAUAAAUAAAAUAUACUUUGAUGUUGUCAUGAA